AUGAUUGUAGCUAAAGGCAUUCGAGUUCAUUUGCGUCCCAAUGUCUAUCGAGGAAUCAAGCGCAAGGGAUAUCGGGUCCCCACUCCUAUCCAACGCAAGACCAUGCCUCUUAUCCUCGCCGGCAUCGACGUCGUCGCUAUGGCUCGCACUGGAUCCGGAAAGACCGCUGCCUUUCUCCUUCCCAUGUUAGAGAAGUUAAAACAGCACCUGCCUCAAAGUGGAGUUCGGGCACUCAUAUUGUCGCCUACUAGGGAUUUGGCUUUGCAAACUUUGAAAUUCACUAAAGAACUUGGCAGAUUCACUGAUCUUAAGAUUAGUUUAUUGGUUGGUGGUGAUAGUAUGGAGAAUCAAUUCGAGGAAUUGGCGCAAAACCCGGAUAUUAUUAUUGCAACGCCUGGUAGACUAAUGCACCAUUUGUCUGAGAUUGAUGAUAUGUCGUUGAAAACGGUUGAAUAUGUUGUUUUUGACGAAGCUGAUAGUCUUUUCGGUAUGGGUUUUGCUGAACAGUUGCAUCAAAUUCUUACUCAGCUGAGUGAGAAUCGUCAGACUUUGCUUUUUAGUGCAACUUUGCCCAGUGCACUUGCGGAGUUUGCCAAGGCAGGUUUAAGAGAUCCUCAGCUUGUUCGGCUCGAUGUGGAUCUUAAGAUUAGUCCUGAUUUGAAGACUAUGUUUUUUACCUUGCGGCAAGAGGAAAAAUAUGCAGCAUUGAUUUAUUUGAUAAGGGAGCAUAUUAGUUCUGAUCAGCAAACAUUGAUAUUUGUUUCUACGAAACAUCAUGUGGAGUUUCUAAAUGUUCUGUUUAAAGAAGAUGGCAUUGAACCUUCGGUUUGUUACGGUGAUAUGGAUCAAGAUGCUCGUAAGAUUCAUAUAUCAAGGUUUAGGGCACGAAAGACUAUGUUGUUGAUUGUGACAGAUGUUGCAGCUAGGGGCAUUGAUAUUCCAUUGCUUGAUAAUGUGAUAAAUUGGGACUUCCCUCCAAAACCUAAGAUUUUUGUGCAUCGUGUGGGGAGAGCUGCUAGGGCAGGUCGGACUGGAACAGCCUUUUCUUUCGUCACAUCUGAAGACAUGCCUUAUGUUUUAGAUCUUCAUCUGUUUCUCUCAAAGCCAAUCAGGGCUGCCCCCACCGAGGAGGAGGUUUUGCAGGAUUUGGAUGGAGUAAUGGACAAAAUUGAUCAAGUAGUUGCAAAUGGAGAAACUGUUUAUGGGCGUUUCCCCCAGACAGUCCUUGAUCUUGUUUCCGAUAGAGUUCGAGAAAUCAUUGAUUCAUCUGCUGAACUGACUGCUUUACAGAAAGCCUGUACAAAUGCUUUUCUUUUGUAUACAAAGACUAAACCAUUACCUGCAAAGGAGUCCAUUAAAAGAGUGAAGGAUUUACCCCGUGAAGGGUUGCAUCCAAUCUUCAUAAAUAGUCUAGGAGGUGGGGAAUUAAUGGCACUGGCCUUUUCUGAGCGUUUGAAAGCAUUCAGACCCAAGCAGACUAUAUUGGAAGCUGAAGGUGAAGCAGCAAAAUCAAAGAAUUUUCAGGGUCCUAGUCAGUGGGUUGAUGAGGUUGACUCUGAAAUUACUUCAAAAGAAAAGGAGAAAAAAGUGGUGCGUGGUUCUAAAAGAAAGGCGAAGAGUUUCAAGGAUGAGGAAUACUUCAUUAGUUCAAUACCAACUAAUCAUCAUUCAGAGGCAGGCCUCUCAGUGAGAGGCAACGAAGGCUUCGGAUCAAACAGGUUGGAAAAUGCUGUUUUGGAUCUGGUUGCAGAUGAUGGUCAGGGCUUACAGAAACAGAAAAAUGUAUACCAUUGGGAUAAGAGGAAUAAAAAGUACAUCAAAUUAAACAAUGGUGAUCGUGUUACAGCCAGUGGAAAGCAUCCAAGACUGGGAUAUACAAGAAGUGGAAAGAAGGGUCGCACAGGAAAAUCUCUCUUAAAGGAACAAAUAAUGGCGGAAACACUGAGGAAUCCACAAGCUUCUCAGGGGGGCAAGAAGCAGCGCUCUGUGCCUAAUGCUAACAUGCGUUCAGAAAUUAAAGAUCUUGAACAAGUUCGAAAGGAGAGGCAGAGGAAGGCAGACAGAAUUUCUUAUAUGAAGAACAAGGGUUCAAAGAGUAAAAAGUUCGGUAAAAAUGGAAAACGGGGCAAAUCAAAGAAGUAA